AUCGUUGAUAGCCACUGGGUGCCACACACACUUUGUUUGCCAGUUGUUCGUUUUUUUUUCUCAACAUUUAAUUUUAAUUCAAUAAUACAUCAAAUUGAAAUAAAUAAAAAUAAAAGACUAAUCCAGUUUACAUAUAUAUUUAAUAGAACUAAUAAUGAAAUUUUUUAAUCACUAAUGUUUUCUGGUUGUUGGAACAAUCAAGAGUUGACCUUUCGUGGGUUGAUUACACUGUCAAUUUCACACAAUAAAUCUAAACAUGUCAUUAGGUAAUCAUGUUGCAUUGACACCUUUGGAUGACAUGUCAGCUGGACCUGGUAGACAAACUGGUGGUGUACCACCCGCAAACUGUAUGAAAGUUUUUGUACAAAGAGAUUAUAACCAAGGAACAAUGGUAAAAUUUCAAACGAGAUUUCCACCUGAGCUAUCUGACCGAUUGGAACUCGAGACAUUCGAGUAUACCGUUAACCAGUUAAACAAUUACUUUGCUGAAGCUGAACGUGCAAGUUGUUCAACUUAUUGUGAAGGAUGCUUGGCAUGUUUGACUGGCUACUUAAUAUACAUAUGCACUGAAACACAUUAUGAAAAAUGUUUACGUAAAGUAUCCAAAUUUAUAUGUGAACAAAAUGACCGGAUUUACCGACCGCGCGGUUUGUUAUUAACGGAUCCAACAACACGGGGUUUAAGACUUAUAGAAAUAUCGGUUUUAGAUCGUCCACCAUCGUGACUGCAUGUCAGUCGAUCCACUGAAUUUUUCAUGUGAUUUUAUACAUUACAAUUAUGAAUACUAUGUACUGAAUUAUUUUUAAUAUAUCUCGUGACGCGCAAAUAUAAACAUUACCUGAUGAAUGUAAUCAUGCGAGAUAAAAUAGUAGUAUGAGCAUAAUGUUAAAUUCUUUUUAAUGCAAUUUAUGAUAUGGAAAAUCUCCAAAUGAAUUAUUAUCUUUUUUUUGUUAAAAUGUUUUAAAGAUCAAUGAGUACCAUUUGUAAUUUUAAGAAUUCUUUCUUUUUGCUCUUGUUAAAUGAAUUUUUUCUGUUACUCUUUAACAAAUAUUUAUAAUUAUUCAAUAGAAAUUAUAAAAUCUGUAUUUAUCUUAUCAAACUCAAUAAUACAAAAUAAAAAGGACAUGUUGUAUUAUACCGGGUAAAUUGAAUCAACAAACUAUUUUAAAUAAAUAAUGUUUUUGAUUGAUAUUUUCAACUUAUUUGUUAGAGAUUAUUUUAGCUAUACAUACUUAAUAAUUUCAUGCAUUUUAUAUUCGGUAACUUAUAUAUAAAUAAAAAUCAAAAGAAAAUAUUCUAACCGUCAUGAACAAGACCAGAGAUAAAAUAUUAUUAUAAAUGAUUAUUGUAUAUAGUAUUUAGUAUCAAAGGGUUGGGUUGUUAUACUUAGAUUGAUUUAAAAAUAAAAGUUGAAAAUAAAUUGAUUAGAAUGAAUGUAUGAUUAUGAUAAAUGAUCAAUAUAUAUAAAUAUUUAUGUAUUCUAUAAAAAAAUGCAACAGGGCUCUUGGUCUGAAUUUCUUAAAUGAGAAAAAAAAAAAAAAUCAACCAAUAAAUAAAUAGCUGUCGAGCAACUUAUCGAUCAGUUAGUUAAAAUUUCAAUAAUUGACCAUUUUAAAUUUAUUAUUUAUUUGACUAUUCAAAGUCACAAGUUCUCUUAAUCGAACAAAAAAAAGUCGUGAUUGCGAUUAUGGUGUAAUAUUAUAAGUUUAACAUGUAAGUUCUUAAUGUUUGUUAUAAUAAAUAGAUGAAAAUAAUAAUAAGGUAUAAAAAUAAACAAAUAUGUAUUUUUAAUUUAUUGUGAAAAAAAAAAAUGUAUCAUUUGGCUUGGUUGAGCGUGUCAUCUCAUACAAAAUUAAUAAGUUAUAUAUUUUAAAUCAAUGUAGCAUUCUAUGAAUACAUAGUUUUUUUGUUAGUUUUUAUUACUUUUCAUUUAUCAUCUAUCCGUAAUUUAAAAAAAUUUAACAAAUAAUAAUUCAAUAACUAUUUUUAUUUUUAAUCUCUUUUGUAAAUUACCUUGAAAAAACAAUUAAUGAAAAAAUAAUGAUAAUGUUUCAUUUUUUCUAUCAUCAUGGAGGCCAAUGUUGUAUUCAUAGUUACUCCAAGUACAACCAAUACUUGAGCGAUUUGAUCGAUAAAGAUGAUGAAACCUUAAAAAUAUAUAAGUAUAUUUGCUUAUGUCAAAAUUGUCGGAUGUUCUCAUUUUGUAACAUAAAUAAGUCUUAUUGAACAUUAACAUAUGGUUAUAAUAUUACAAGAAAAAAAAAACAGUGAUUUUCUGUUGUUAAAUAAAAAUAAAUAUAUAUCAACAUAAUUUGACUGUACAAUAUUGGAUUAAAUCUAAUAAUUAAAAGAAUUAAUUUAUUUUUUUUCCACUCUCGUUCAUUAUCAAACGCAACAAUAAUACAUUUAAAAAAUAGAAACAAUAAGACAAUAACCGACGACUAGUUUUACAAUAUAGAUAAUUUUCUUCAAAUAUUUUUUUUUUUUUUGUUGCAUUGAUGAUACAAUAAAAGAUUGUCAAGAACCUUUAAAGCCAUAUAAAUAUCUGCAUCAUGGACAUCAUAGUAAAAACUCACCUUUUUAGACUAGCAUUGACUUAAUUUUUUAAAUAUAAUUCUAACUUUUUUCAAUACUAUAUUUUCGUUUUUU